ACGUAUUUUCGUAAACUAUUUUUUUCUGUACAUACGUUUGUUUUUGUUUUAAACAUGGACAGUUGGUUUAAAAGUGGGUCUAUUAAUAAGACGCCUGCUACGGAGUCAUCUUGUUCUAAUAUAGAAGAAAGCAUAACCAACGAAAACGGAGUUAAUGAUAAUAGUCCUACUUCUCAAGGUAUGAGUAGUACACUACCGCCCAAUACUGGUGACUCUGCCCCAAGAACGUCCAAAAAACGUAAACUGAACGAGUUGAGUCUUUCUUUACAAGGAAGAACUUUGACAAUUUUUGAUGCGAGCUCCAGAGUAUGUGCAUUGAAAAGAAAAAUUGAUUAUUGGUCAGAGUGCUUAUUUAAAAGAGAGCUGGAGUGUUUUCCAAUAAUGCAGGCCUUUUUGGAGGAAAACGAAUUGCAAGCUCCCAUUAGCAUUAUUAACGAGAUUGCUGAACAUCUCAAACAACUGAAAAAUUCAUUUAAUAAAUAUUUUCCUACAGAUCGAGAGGUGUUUUUAAAAGACCGUGAAUGGGUAGUUAAUCCAUUUUCAGUCUGUGGAAAACCCUCAAGCUUGUCUUCAAUCGAAUAUGAGAGUUUGAUCGAUAUUACUUCAGAUUCAACAUUUCAAUCCACCUUCAGUAGCAAUUCUUAUGUUGAAUUUUGGCUAAAUUUGAAAAAUACAAGUUUUGAUAAUUUGAGUCAAAAAGCAAUAACAAUACUCUUACCUUUUGCUACCACAUAUUUAUGCGAGACAGGAUUUUCAGCCUAUGCGGCUACUAAAACCAAAUACCGGAACCGUCUUAAUGUAGAACCUGACCUUCGUAUCCAACUGUCAAAAAUUGAACCAGAUAUUGCCAAACUUUCAAAAAAUAAGCAGACACAAAACUCUCAUUAAUUUUUAACUUUUAAAGCAGUAUUUUUUUUCUUUAUUUUCAACCAUAAUAUUGUAAUUUGUUUUUAAUAUGUACAAUAAAAUUAUUUAAAUCGGUCAACAAUGAAAACAAGUGUUCAUUUUUAUCAUGUUUUUCAUAAUAUUCACAGAGGGGCACCUAACUAAAUUUGGAACAACAAAAGGGCACCGCCGACUAAAAA